AUGGCGAUGCAGUAUUUCGGCGGCAGCGAUCUCGACGUUCGGCUUAAGGACGGCGAGUCUCCGGUGACCAAGGCCGACUAUGCGGUCGACCGCUAUCUGCGCGAGACUCUUCUGGCGGCCCGGCUGGGCUAUGGCUGGUUGUCCGAGGAAACGGCCGACAGCGACGUGCCGGGCCGGAUGGCCGCGCCGCGCACUUUCAUCGCCGAUCCGAUCGACGGCACCCGGGCCUUCAUUGCCGGCCACGCCGUCUGGUGCAUCUCGGUCGGCCUUGUGGAGGCGGGCAAGCCCGUUGCCGGUGUGCUCGAAUGCCCCGCCCUCGGCGAGACGAUCAGCGCCACCGCCGGCGGCGGCGCACACCGGAACGGCCGGUCGAUCCGCGUCGCCCGUCCGGGCGCGGAAUUGCUGAUCGGCGGGCCUCGCGCCCUUGUCGACCGGCUGAACGCUUCGGGCGCGGCCCGUGCGCGCCGGCACAGCCACGUUCCCUCGCUGGCAUACCGGCUGGCGAUGGUCGCAAGCGGCGCGAUGGACGGAAGUUUCGUCAAGCCGUUCGCCUCCGACUGGGAUAUCGCCGCCGCCGCGCUCAUCCUGACCGAGGCGGGCGGGGUCUUCACCGACGGCAAGGGCGCCGAUGUGACGCUCAAUGGCGCCGAUCCGCUCAAGGGCACGCUGGUCGCCUCUCAUCCCGACCUGAAGGCGGCGAUGUUGGGAGUUGUCGGCGAUCUCGGCUUCGGAUAA